CCGCAACCGAACCGCACACACCGUCCCCUUCGAGGCGACGCAAACGAACCUCUACACGCACAAGAAGCACCGCACGCACUCAGGCAACAUCCCCAUGGCGCUCUUCGCUCGACCCUUCGACGUCUUCGUCUCCCCGUUCGACGCCCUCGGGCGAGAUUUCUGGCAUCAUCAUCAUCAUCAUCACCGCCCGGCGCAGCGACGCCGACGCCACGUGAACCUCAUCGACCAUCCGUUCUUUCAUCACUACGUGAACGCCGGCGGCGAGAACACCGACGACGACGUGUUCGAGAUCUCCGAGACCGAUCGCGGCUACCUCGUCACCGCGCUCGUCCCGGGCGUCGCCGCGUCCGAAAUCGAGAUCUGCGCUCGACCGAACGGCGCGCGCGGCGGCGUCCUCAGCGUGCGCUCAAAGACGCACCCGCGCGUGAAGACCGACCUCGCGCUGGCCUCCGGCCUCAUCGACGCGAGCGGCAUCGCCGCGUCGUGCAUCGACGGCGUCCUGCGGAUCGUCAUCCCGAAGAUUCCGCCGACGGAGGAGCUCGUCGAGGUCGCCGCCGGCGCCGCGGAGGCGGAGGAAGACGAGAAGAAGCGCGCUUCCGCCGCCGACCGCGACAUCGUCAUCAACGUCCCGGGCUUCCGCGCGAGCGACGUCAAGAUCACGCGCCAUAAGCCGACGGAACGGCUCGUCGUUCGGGGCGUCUCGAAGACGCGCGGGACGUUCACGCGCGAGUACUCGCUCGGCGACGCGGCGGCGGCGGUCUCCGCGCGAUGCGCCGACGGCGUGCUGACGAUCCGCGUGCGCCGGGAGACGCCGUCGCCGCUGACGCUGCCGGUCUCCCCGGACGCGCCGCUCCUCGCCGACGCCGACGGCGAGGACGCUGAGAAGAAGAAGAAGAAGAACGAGAAGAACGCCGACGACGCUGACGCCGACGCCGACGAGAUGGUGUGCCUCGUGCGCCGCGCCGUGCCCGGCGCGCGCGCGGAAGACUUCGCGAUGGACGUCGACGCCGACGGGACGCUUCGCGCGCGCGCGGACUGCGAGACCGCGCUCGGCCGCCGCAGAUACAGCUUCGCGACCACGGUGUCGUCGCGGAUCGACCGCGGCACCGUCCGCGCGCACGUCGCGGACGGGAUUCUCACGGUCGUCGCGAAGAAGCCGAGCGCGCCGGCGAAGGUGGUCGUGGACGUCUCCGCGGACGCGCCGGCGGCGCUUCCGGCGGCGACGCCCGUCGCCGCGGGUCCGAGCACGCCGGACGCGGCGGGCGCGAAGACCAAGGCGAUCGCGAACGAUGACGUCAUCGUCGAGGACAUCGCCGACGACGGAGCGUAGAAGACGCCGCCUGACGACCACGACGCUGUACGCUACUUGUAAAUAGCCCGCGACAUUUUUCAUUUCGCCGCCGCCGCCGCGAGGACGGCCGCGCGCGACUCUAUUCUGUUCUUCACUCUGUCUGUUUUAAUACGAUAAAAGACGACUGACGUAUC